ACACCAAUUUAUCCCCUCGUACUUACUCAAGAGACUCGAAGAAACCCCGUAUUCAAGACGAAGAAGAGAGCUCUUUGCCACAGACCGAGGAGGUCCUAAAAAAUAAAAUUACAAUUGAAUCAAAAGAUCACGAUAGUACACUAGAUAUUGAUGAUGAAAAUAAUAACUUAGCUGAAUCCACAACUGACGUGACAAACAACUUAGCUGAAUCCAGAACUGACGUGACAAACAACUUAGCUGAAUCCAGAACUGACGUGACAUUAUCAAGCGAUCAAUUAUCUUUAUCACCACCGUCAUUGUCAAAAAGCAGUACUGAUCUAUUGAAAAAUAAAGAUACUGAAAUAUCAUCGUCCUCAACUACAACUACAGAAGAGACAUCAGUGAGAAUGGAAUUCAGAGUGAGGAUACGUAAUCUACCUAAAUAUGUUAACGUUAAGCAGCUGAAAAAGCACAUUGUUUCCGUUGGUAUUGAGAAUCCUGGCAAAGUUACAAAGUCUAAUGGUUGGGAUUACGCGUUUCUCACAGUGAAG